CGGAGACCUUCAGUGUGUUAGACUGACGUGAUAACCAACUACACCACGAAACCAUUUUUGGUUAAAGAUAAACAGUUUUGUAAUUUUAAGGUAUCUUUAUGAAAGCUACUCUCCACUGUCCUCAAUAUCAUUCACCUGCUAGAUUCUCCUCUCUCUCGCGACUUCUGUAUUUCUCAGUUUACUUUUGGCGAUCUCUCGAGUUCUCCGAUCACCAUGAGUAAGGGACCGGGACUGUUCACUGACAUCGGCAAAAAAGCCAAAGAUCUGUUGACGAGAGACUACAGCACCGAUCAGAAAUUCAGUGUUUCCACUAGCAGUGCUUCUGGCCUGGCUCUUACUUCAACUGCUCUUAAGAAAGGUGCCAUACAUGCUGCUGAUGUUGCUACACAAUACAAGUACAGAAACGCCUUGUUCGAUGUCAAGAUCGACACUGAUUCGAAUGUCCUGACAACCAUCACGCUCACUGAAAUCCUCCCAUCAACAAAAGCCAUCGCUUCCUUCAAAGUGCCUGAUUACAACUCUAGCAAGCUGGAGGUGCAAUACUUCCAUGAUCACGCAACGGUUACCACGACUGCAGCUUUGAAACAAAACCCUGUAAUCGAUGUAACAGCCACGCUUGGUUCACCAACUAUCUCAUUCGGUGCUGAAGCUGGAUAUGACACAACGUCUCGAACUUUCACAAAGUACAACUUCGGAAUCAGUGUCACAAUGCCAGAUAAAUGUGCCUCCGUAAUAUUGGGAGAUAAAGCAGAUUCGAUCAAAGCUUCUUAUAUCCAUCACCUAGACGAGUCGAAGAGAAGCGCUGCAGUGGGAGAGGUUUUCAGGAAAUUCUCAACGAACGAGAACGUAAUUACAGUUGGUGGAUUGUAUGUCGUUGAUCACUUGACGAAUGUGAAAGCUAAGCUGAAUAGUGACGGUAAGCUUGGAGCUCUUCUGCAACAUGAGGUUCUUCCGAAGUCGAUAGUGACAAUCUCAGGUGAGUUCGAUACCAAGACAUUAGAGAAGAACCCAAGGUUUGGUCUCUCGCUUGCUCUUAAACCUUGAUGAGCCUAGUAGUUAGAUACACAUACCAAUGACCUUUGGUCUAACAGAGGACACAAAAUCCCCUUUUCGUUUUGAGGCUUGAGUUUGGGUCCCUUUUUUUCUAUUGAAUAAAUGAGUUCGGGAGGUAGCCGGAAAAUUCUUCUCGUGAUUUCAUUCUUGAACACGCUCAAUGAAACAAUUUUAUCAUUUUCUGAUCCGAUGAAAAAUCGUAAUAAUUUUUUUGGUUCGGAUACGAGAAACAAACAUCGUGGAUAAUUGGUG